UAACAAUUCGUGUUAACAUGCAGUGGUGAAUUACAGUGCAUGAUUUGAAGCUGUUUGAAAACGUUUGGUUUUAGAGGACAUUUUAUGAUACAUCUUCAUUAACAUGUCUGCAUUCAGAAAUUUCCUUGGUAUAAUGAGUAACAAUGCAAUGGCAUUGCUUGUACUUGUGGUGAUUUUGCUGAUAACAUGGAUACUUUUACACCGAAGUCGAUGGAUCCUUCCAACAGGGCCCUUUCCAUGGCCAAUCAUUGGCAAUCUCUCUAUGCUUAUGCCCAUUGAGGGUGACAACAGUGGGGCCAAGCGUCUAUUGGAAAUGUCGAAGAAAUAUGGAACGGAUAUAUUAAGUAUAAAAGUCGGUGCCACACAAGCUAUUGUUCUAAACAAGCAUACCGAUAUAAAGGAAGCAUAUAGUAAAGAUGAAUUCAACUUUGUGAAUCAUGAAGGGCCUGCUAAGCUUAUUGCUCCAGGUAUAGCAGCUACUGACGGAGCCCAGUGGAAGGAACAAAGGAGGUUUGCCCUUAGUACACUACGGGACUUUGGCCUUGGAAAGAACAAAGCGCAGGACAUGAUUCAGGAUGAGCUAUUAAUGGCGGUUGAAGAGUUAGGCAAGAGUGAAGGACGGCCAUUUAACGCAGGACCCUUAAUAUAUAAUAUGGUCGCAAAUAUUAUCUGCUGCCUUAUCUUUGGACAUCGAUUUGAUUAUAAUGACACAAAGUUCAAACAGAUCCUUUCCACUCAGAAUGAAAUUGUUAAUAAAUGUUUUAAAUACGUCGCUUUUGGAUAUUUAAUUCCACCAUUGAUAAGAGAUAAUAUUCCCGGGGAUAUUUUUCGAAUCGAGUACGUGAAGUACCUCCAAGCUGAGUUGAGAAGAGAUGUUAACCAAAAAGAGUACAAAGACCAUCUAGCUAAAUACAUAGACGGGGACCGUAACGACUACAUAGAUGCUUUUAUCAAAGAAUUGAUUGAUCACAAAGAUACAGAAAAAGAACACUGGUUUACGGGUAUUCUUUAUCAUUUGUAUGCAGUCCACUUAUGGGGGAUUUACGAUCGAUCUACGCCGCCGCCGCCAAAGCAUAAACA